GACGCUUUUCACGCAGUAGCUCCGUUUGACUUGGACGAGCACAGAAACGGAACAGUGGAAUUAAAAACGUUCGCACGGCUGAAACGUUCGAGUUGUGACGCGCGAAAUAUAUUGUCAUUUUUAUUACGGACAACAUGUAUUCGUCGGUUACUUAGCGCUUGGCACGGAAGUUUAACAUAUAUUAAGUAUGAAAAAUAAAAUUUUCAUCGAUACUUACAAUAGUUGCUUGAAAGAACAAUUACAUAUGCGAUAAAAUAAGACCUUGUCAAUGACAGAGAUAGACAUAGCGAUCAAUUCACCAGAAGAAGAACCCGAAAAGAAAAGUAUUAACACAAUGUCACAGUCGGAGGAUGCUUAUGCUCCAGAGGAACCAACACCAGACAUUCCAAUAUCUUUGCUUGACAUACAAAUGCCAGAAACACCGGAUAGCACGAAAGGUCAAGUCAGCGAUGGAGACACGCCCAGGUUGGAAAGUCCUAAACUGCUUAAACCCGUGCUAGGAAAAGUACAAGCGAAAAAAAGAUUGAUGGCAUUUGUCAAUAAGUUCAGCGUGCUACCAAAGGUUCCAAAUAAAUCCAAUUUAGUUCAGACUCACUCUGCGAAAAGUUCCAAGUCUAAAAUAAGCGAUAGUAAGUCUUUACAAAAUGAAUCAAGCGCAGGGUUAAGUAUGGAUUCGGACUCUAUGCAACAGUUCCAUAAUCGUCAUUCAAGUAGUGGGAAAUUAAAGAAAAAAACAGAAGAAAAGAUACUGGCUAUUGAAGAAAUUAGACGAGAAGAGUCUAAAAGUAAAAUGUUAUUGGCAGAAGCUAUGGCUGCAGCUAGUUUAGAAGAAGAUAGCUAUGCAAAUAGAAAUGGACAAAAUUUAUUAGAAAAUGUAAAAAGUAUGAGAGACAGAAAUAGACAAGAUAAUAUUAGUGUUUCUCGUAAAAGUGCUUUAAAGUCAUUGAUAGAAAAUAAAUAUUCCGAGAGGAGGCGAUACGGUAGAGAAGAACGAAAAACUAGCAUAAGUAGAGAAACGAAAGAUUAUAACGGAAGUAAAGAACGGUAUUAUAAGGUCUCCUCCUAUGAUAGAGAACAGCGUAGAAAAGAGAAAGAUAAAAAAGAUGAUAGAGAUAAGCGAGACGAUACUGGUAAAUACGAAGAAAACCGAGAUAGAAAAGACGACGAACGGGAUAAAAAGGAUAAUGAAAAAGACAGGUGGGAUGACGUAAAGGAAAAAAAAGUAACGAGGGAGAAAAAGGAGAAUUUUAGGGAAAAGAGAAGCGUUUCAAGAGAAAAGAGUUCAGAGGUUCGAGAGAAAAAAGAGAAAGAUAACAAAGAUAAAGACAAGGGAAAAGAGAAAGAUGUAACGAUUUCUUCGUGGACGGAGCUGAAAAAGUGUGGUAUAAUGAUGGACGAUAUUAUCAACAUUAGAAGACGCGAUUACUCGGAACGAUCAACAAAGAACAGAAUAGCUGAGGAUUAUCAACGUUACUUCGAACAAAUGUUACUGUUAAACAAUUGUCGUUCGAAACGAUACGCUUAUACCGCUGAAGGACUCGACGGACCUAAAGAAUAUCCUCCCGAAUCAGUGAGAGUGACCAAACGAGGAAGACCUCAAUUACUUUACUGCGAAAAUCCUCGCAUAUCGUUGUUUCUUAAUCGCGAACAGGUUCUUCAAGUCGUCGCUGCCGAUCGCCGUGAAAAGAUGCGGGAGAUAUGCGAAGCAGAUUUUACACGAGAUAACGCGGAAGAAGUGGAGAAGCCGUCGCGUGUCCGUAAUUGGUAUCCGAAAACAGGCAUGUGUAAAUUCAGCGAGAAGACUAAAUGGCAGUUCCCUAUUAGCGUGCAACUUCCUAGAUCAAAGUGGGACAGCGAGGACGAGGACAGGUUAACCAACGACACCGAGAAAGAACAAGAGAGCGAAGUAAAAACGGACGAAGCUGUUUCAGAAAAAGAACAAGAGGCAUUUUCUUCGCGUUCGAGCGUAGUAGAGGAGGAUGUUACCGUCAACGAAAAGAUCAUCGAUGAAGUUAGCGAAUCGUUUAACGUCAAAGAAGUAAACGACGACGAUAGACAAUCAACAUCACCGUUGCUGCAAUCUGCAGGCAACGAGAAAUUGGCCUCGGAGUACGAACAAUUCAUGAAGAUGGUUUGCACCGAUAUUCCAACAUCGGAGGACUACUCGCCAAAAGCGAUCAACACCAAAUCCACUUCGUCGUUAAGUUAUCACGACUUUAAUAUAGAAACGAAUUUACCGGAGGACAAUAAUUUCGCGUUCGUAGAGCAUGACAUAACUGAAAAUUCAGAUAAAGCCAAUACAAGCAAAGCGGAGGAGGAGACGAUUAAAGGCGACGAGAGUCGGAAGAAUUUGGAGAAAAUUUCUGAAGCCGUGGACGAUCACGUGUCUUUGAGCAGUUCUCACAUUCAGGUAGAGGAGUGCGCGAGAGACAACGAAGAGAUUCGCGAGAAAAGUGACACGGAUGAUUCCAGAUCGAUUCCCAGCGAUUGGGAGAAUGUUCAGAUUAAAGUGGAACGUCUUAGCGACGAUAACUCCGACUCGAGAGAGACGAGGAAGAAGAAGAGACGAAAGAAGGUGACUUCCAGUAGCGAGUCGUCUAGCACAUCGAGCUCUUCGGAUUCCGAGGAAGAAACAAAGAGUAGGAGAAGGAAACGAAAGGUAGCGAACGACGAGUCGAGCUCGGAUUCGGAUAGCAGCGAGAGCAGCAGCAGCAGUAGCAGCAGCGACUCUUCUAGCUCCGACGACAAACGAAAGAAACGAAGGAAGAAGAAACGAAAGGCCGAGAAGCGAAAGAAGAAAGCGAAACGAAUAGCCAGGACGAAGAAAAAACGAAGAAGAAAAGUAAGUUCCGACUCUAGCAACAGCGAUUCCUCCGACGAGAGAAGGAAAAAGAAAAUUGUGAGCAAAAAGUCAAAACAGAAACAGGAAACCACGAAGAAGCAGGUUAACAACGAAGAGAUAGUGAAAGCAAAGUCGCCUUUGGAGUCUCCGUCGCUGGAAAGCGCGAAGCUGAUGCGUUCGCGUGUUUCGACGAAGAAGAUCAAGGAAGAGGCCAAGGUCGAGUCUAGAAAGAGAUCCACGGAGAAACGUGACAUUUGGGGGAAAGAAAAAGAGCUGGCGCGUAAAGUGAUCAUCGAGAAUAGCGCGUGUACCAAAGCUCGCAAAGACGAGGGUCAAAGGAGCAAAGCUGAGGAAAGAUAUUUGGAGGAUUGGGAAAUGGAUUCUGUGACAAUAUCGCCGCAGAAGGCAGACAGGGUACCGAAAAGCGUUAUCGAGAAAAUAGAAAAUCCAAUGGUGGAGGAUCUUAAAAAGAUGGAGAAAAAAGACGAACGAAGUAAGAAGGAUGAGCGAAUCAAAAAGGACGAACGGCUGAAGGAGCAAUGCUCGAGCAUCGGUACGGAAAUCGUGCAAGGACAAUCGAAAAUCGAAGAAGACAACGACGCGAAGAAGAGAAAGAAACGAGAGAAGGAGAAGAAAAAUAGCAACGAAUUUCUAGCCGAUUGGGAGAAAGAAAGUGAACGAGUGUCGCAGCAUAUGAUGCAAGACGAGGCAAAGUUGUCCAAGAAGUUGGACAGGUCGAAGAAGGAGAAAUGGGGAGAGACUGAAUUUGAUACUCUAAAUGUCCUGUCUUUGACGCAGUUGGAGAGGGAAGUGAAUAAAAGGCAGCUAUUGGCAGAUGAUUGGGAAGUGGAUAGCUUGGAGGCUGCGCCGGACUUGUCGAUCAACAAAAAGAAAUCUACCCGCGGUUCGAAAAAAGUGGAGAAAGAAGUUCGUUACGAUAAAAAAACCGACACGUACAUCUCUAUAGAGAAGGAAAGUUCAAGAGAAUCGAAGAAGAGGCAAGAUCGACUCUCCGCGAUGAGAAUCUGGGAGGAAGAGCAGGAAGAAGGUGAAAGGGAAGCUAUGAUUCUUAUGGAACAGAAAACUAAAAGAAAAAGGGACGAAUGGGACAUCGAGGAGGAAUCGUACUUGCGAGAAAAGAACGAGAGAAAAGAGACUAUAGAAGACAACAUCCCUAAGAUUGAUAUUCACAAAGAAAUAAUUACAGCUAAUAACGACAUAGAUACAUCAACAAAGACAAGUACUGUUAAAAAGAAUAAGAAGAGUCGUUGGGACAUAGCGUCGCAGUCUGAGGAAAAAAUCGAACUUAAAGCGCCUGUUAUGUGGGAAGAAGAAUGCGCAGAAUGGGCAACUAUAAACAAAUUCGAAUGUAAAACUGAUAAAAUAUUCUUAGAACGUUGUGAUUCGCUGUUACCUAAGAACAAGAUAAAAGAUGAGGACAUUUGUAUGGUUAAUCAACAAUCGAGAAAGUCUAUGUCAAAGAAUUCAGAUAUUAUUGAUUUGUUCUCAAGGAAUUCUCAAGAUGUGAACUUGCUGGAAUCAUCCUGGGCCACGGAAGAGCUUAUCAAAAGCAACUCGCGAAUAAAGAACUUGGAGAACAGUUCUCAAAGGGACAUAUUCUUCGAAAAGACGAAGGAAGAAGCGCUUGCGUCGGUUAUAAAGGAACAUCAGGCUGUAGAACAAUUAAAAGACAUGUUUGAAAUGGAUGUAAAGUUGACUAGGAAGAAUAUUGAAUUAUAUAGUCCUAGUUCUCCAGCACCGUCUCAAAAAUCCGAGGAUAUGGAAACGUUUGAGAAAGAACACUCGAGCUCGUUAAAUCUGAAAGAAGAUUUCUCCCCGGACAAGUUGAAAAGGGAGACUUCGAUCAAGUCCGACGAAGAAUCAAUUUCUGUUUCCAACAUACCUCUUCAGAUAAAGUAUCGAGAAGACAAAUAUGGGAUGUCUACAGUAACGAAAGAAGAGUUCGAGGAACUUCUGGGCAUGCAAGCAGAGGAUCAACUGACUCCAAAAAAAUUCGACGUGAACAAAGAGUUUGAAGUGUUGCCCGGUAUGCUUUCGAUCAACGAGCCAUGUCUCGAGACGAACGCUUACAAACGACUGCGAAUGGACAUAUUCGCCGAGUACGAGUCGGACGAAUCUCGUGGUAAAUUAAUCGCGAAGAACGUUCAAGUGGCAUCAUCUGCUAACACGAAAGAGGACGAGUCGACCGAAGGGAAAGCAGCUUUGAAACUGAUCCCCAAACAAUUGUUGGUACGACGUAAUAACGAGCGCGUGAAAACGAAAUUGAUCUCUGACGAUCCCAUACAGCACGCGGCAGCUCUUUUGACGAUCCAGAAGAAAUUGCGAGAAUCGCACACUGUGGAAAUUGACGCGAAGAACAACGUCACUUGCGAGGACCCUUCAAACGAGUUUAUGAUCGAAUGUGAGAAAACAACCGACACGUCCGCCUGUAACGUCGUUCCUACGGAGCAGACCACCGUCACCGAUGUUAAAGUCGACUCCAAGGACUUGUCCAUAACGGUGAAAACUUCGAUCACGACCAAGUCGGAGUCACCAGGUUCGAUAAAGUUCGAUGUGGAUCGCGUCGGGGAAUACAAAUUAAGCGAUAAGGGGAUCGACAAAGCGGAGGAGCUUAAGAAACCGAGAUCCAGCGGCAAAGAUGUCAGCGAUACGGAAACGCAGACUAGAUCGCUGAUCGGGGAGCAGAGAAAGAGAAGUCCUGGUAAGAAGGAAAACGACAAACGAGUCAGUGAUCGAGGCAAAGAGAGGAGGGAGAGGAAAUUUGAUGAUAGAGAUAGAAAUGACAGAAGAGAUAGCAGAAGUUUGAAACAGGACUACUCUGAUGGUAGAAGGAGAUCCAGUCCUUCGAGUAGUCGUGGCAGAAAACGAAGAAGCGUUAGUCCACAUACCUCUUGGGAGAGAGAGAGAAGCCACAGCGAGAGUCAUAGUCGUAGUUGGAGUAGAAGCAGAAGCAAGAGUCCAAAGAGGAAGGAUGAAUCGAUCGCCUCUUCGAGCAGGGAGAAACGACCUGGUAGAAUCGACGAAGAGAGAUGUGGUAGGCCUAGGACAGACGAUAGGAGAGAAAGACCUAUGCGGAGUCCUUCGCGACCCAACGCUACACCAUAUAACAAAGACCACUUCAAGAAGUAUGGACCCACCAAAGGAGAUCGUGAUGAUUGGAGCAGGAGAAAGUAUGACCCUAUGGAAAGGGAUCGAGAGAAAGAGGGAAGACCGUACGAUCCUAUGGAAGUGUUGAGGGAAAGAAACAUAGAUCCCGACAGGCACAGAGAGGGUAGAUUUAGAGCAGAAGAAGUCGAUCGGUCAUUUUGGCCAUACGAAUCUGAAAACGUGGUGUCGCACGAUGGAAACGAAUCGUUGGACUCUUACGCCAAUGGCCAAGCAUUGGAUCUCGAUUAUGACGAGAAAGCAUACUAUAGAGAGGAGAGUAUCGAAAGAGAUAACUUGGAGGGUCCUCUUCGUUCCAUGGCAAAGUUCAAACAAAGGAGAAGCAGAUCUAGUACAAGAAGAGACAGGCAAUGGGAGAAAGAAAGAGAUUCGUUAGAUUUGGACAGACAUGCGCAUGCUCGAAGAACUGAAAAAAUUCCACCGUCGAGAGGACGUUCUCCGCCUCGACUGCGACGCUCACCGCCCAGAGUAUCGCACGAUCGCUUCAGACGGGGAUCUAGAUCGCGAUCGAGAUCGUGGUCGCGAUCGCGUACUAGGUCUAGAUCAAGAACGCGAUCGCGUUCACGAUCAACGUCCAGGUCUAGGUCGAUGAUGCGAUCAAGAUCGAGAUCCAGAUCGAGAUCGCGAUCGCGGACUAGAUCUACCUCGAGAUCGAGAAUGAGGAGUCCCAAUCACGGGUUAAGAAUGACGGAACAUUUACAAUCCUCCAGAUCACCCUCUCUGGGACGAGGUAGAGUCGGCGAAAACUCAAGGGAAAGGAAGGAUGAACACGAUAGUAGGAAUCUAAAUACCUGUGCCGAGAGGGGUAGACGCAUAGAAACCAUUGUUCAAUCCGUGUCCGGACUUCCUAGAGUUACGGCCGACUCGGCCGUAUUGCACUCGGAAAUGCACAUCGGUGACAAUAUGGAAACAGUCGCAUCUAGUUUCCAAUAUACAAACGAGAACGAAGUUGGGAACGAGUAUUACUAUAGCGAGAAUAAUUUAACCUAUCCGCCGUGUAUCGACGACUCAACGACGAGUUCACCGAAACGUUUGUCCCUCGACGAUAGACUGGAACUCGAGCUGGGAAUUAAGAAACAGCAAGACAGCGCGGGAGUGAUGAACGAUUAUCCUGACAAUUACAAUUCCAACUUGUGUUAUCCAUCAUCGCCGCAACAACAAAUGCUGUAUCGUCAGCAACCUACAGUGUUACAAGUGGGCAACGUGUUGCAAGUGGUACCAGCAGACUUCAAUGGAGUUCCAAUUGUACGUAGGGAGCCAACAAGUUCCACACCAGCUCCCAUUGUACAAGGUUCUAGCCAAGUUGUACGCGUAGGUAAUGUUCUUCAAGUUGUGCCGACAUCGUUAGACUGGAGUGGUGGGCAAUCCUCGUCGGUCGACCAACCAGCAGGGAUGAUGUAUUCCGCGACAGUACCACAGCCUUCUCCGGUACCUUCAGUCCCUCCUAUCUCUGUACCUGUUCCAGUUCCAGUUCCUAUGCCAGUACCAGUUCCAUCCGUGUUAAGUACAUCAACGCCGGUUUCCGCAUUGUCACCGGUCCCAUUAUCUCUCACUGUACCUGUGCCGGUUCCGGUCCCAAUUCCAGUGCCGCAGACUACGUUCCCCAGAACAGAAGUUGCACUUCCAAAAGCACCAGUUCAGCCAGUAUAUAAUUACGAGGCUAUUCUCGAGACCCGUCGCAAAGAAAGGGAAGAACGCAAACGAGUGCGGGAGAUGAGGAGAAAGGAGAAGGAACGCAGGCGAAUAGAGCGGAUCAAUCGACGCGCACUUCGACUGUUGGAAAAGAAUAACUCGCGUCAGUCGGAUAACGAAGGUCAACCAAAGACCUCGAGCUUGGAUCCGGCUGUCCUGAAAGCUCUUCGAGAAGCCGAAGAACAAACUGAUUUGGAACAGCAGCAAACAUCUUCCGCAGCUUCCGAUAAAGAAGAAGAACCAGUUGCUACAUCCUCUGCUGCUGCGGAAGAAGAAGACGUGAUUGCCGAUGAGGACGAGGAGGAGGAGGAGGAAGAAGAAGCCGAGGUAGAGGACGACGAGGAAGAUGAGGAGGAACCAGAAGAUGACGAAGAAGAGGAGGAGGAAGACGAUGAGAAGACUUUGUUGCGAUUAAACAAUCAACGAAACGAAGUGGACGAAGUUGCCGUGGCGACGACGAGCGAAACUAGCAAAAUCCAAGUCGAAAUGGAGUCCUUGGAGUGGCCAGAAUUACCACCACCGCCCUUAAAGGGAAUUUUAGUUGCUCAUGGUUUUAGAAGAUCCUUGGUCCCCAAUGGUAACCUGGACGAUUUAUCUACUCCUGAAAAUGAGAGCGAAGACAACGGGGACAGAGAAGGGUUGGAAAUAGAGAGAAACUAUGAACUCAGUAAGGAUGAAACUGGUGACAAUAAGUUUUGGAAAUCAAAAGCUCAAACCAAGACGAAAUCGAGGUCGGUGAAACUGAACAAGAAAAAACAAAAGAGUAAAAAGUCGGUCCAGUUCGCGGAUGGAAUCAAACCUGGAGAAGGUACGAGUCCCAGUGGCGGUGAAGGAGAUAUGCCAUCCCCUCCGCCUCCCACAGCCGUGGUUACUCGAGAUGGAACUCGAAGGUCGAGCUCCAGAAAGAGUAGGAAACAAGAAAAGAGAACACGACCACCGAAGGCAAAGAAAAAAGUGAAGGUAAAAAUAAUAAAAUUGAAGAAGCCGCGCGUCACUCCGUUAACGGCGAUGAUGAUGGACGAUUCGGACGAGCUGGACGAUCGUUCCCCGCCGCCGCCACCUCCUGGUUCACCGCCGCCGCCGCACCUUUGGCCAAGCUAUCUUUCCGCUUAUAAUUCCACGGCACGACUUAGCGAAGUUCAAGUGACAACGCCUGCGACCCCGAACACCGCUCAAGCUCCACCACCCCCCACUCCUUUGCCACUUUUAGUUCCUCCUCCUCCUCUAAAUUAUACGAUACAACCAUGUAGCAAGGCGUAAGAUCUUUCGUGUAUUUUAAGGAAAAUGAUAUACACGCCAACGUGUGUGACGUCUUUAAGUUAAACUUUGUAAAUUGAACACAACACGAAUAGAUUCGUUUCUCCGCGCGAAAAAAAAAUGGAACUCGAGAACGUGAGGUGGUUCUUGGUUACGAAGGCCAGCCAGGACGCCGAAUUUCGUUGAAAUUUCUGCGCGGGACUUACGGAAAAUUCUGUAUUAUUGUUAGCAACAAUUUUUAUCGGUUGUUCUCGCUUUCUGUAAAUAGCUUCAUUUUUCGCGAUACAACCGUGUUAUCCUCGGUGCGAAGUGUUCCAUUGCGUCCAAGUCUCGAUGAAUUCGUGUUACGUACGAUAUAUUUUCGAUACGAUAAAAAAAAAGAAAAAAAGAAAGAGAUCGAAUACAAUGGAAAUUGUAAACUUAACGCGAGUGUAAUUUAUAACGUGAGACUCGGACUUUUUAAGACCGAUUGUUAAUAGCACCUUACAUUGUUGAAGAUGUAAGAUGGUACUCGUGAAAGGCGAAUUUAUCAUUGUAUAUUUUACUUUUAUAGUUUACCACGAACUGUCUUCAACUUAGACAUAGUUGAAUAAUGGGUCUUGAUGCAAUUCCAUUCAUUUUUUUUUUUUUCUCUCUUUGUUUUCUCUUCAUUAAAGCUCAUUCUAUUUGCGGAAAAAAAGAGCCUGUACAUAACGCGGGAAUAGAUGCGAUUAGACCAAAUUUCAUAUUAAUCGAUGAACAAGGCAAAUAUAAAUUAAAUAAAAUGAAGCUGAGCUUAAUCAACUAGUUCUCUAAAUUUUUACAUUCUCUGUACAUAAUAUCGAUCGAUCAUUGUUCGAACACGGAUCGUUUCUUUUUACUUCGUGAAUGCUCUUCUGCUUUAUGCGAAACGAUAUUUCUCAUCAUUAAUAAGAAAGACGUUCAACUGCCCAUAGUUAUCUGAA